CUCAGUAUUAAAUCUGUUUUCGUCACAACAGCAGCAAUAUCUUGCUCAAUAAUUAUAAUCUCAAGAACAUAAUAACUUUUUUAUCAUACGUACGCAGUUCAAGCGGCUAGUUUAUUAUAAAAUGAAUGUUAGAAAGGUUUUAGGCAAGUGUUUAAAUAGAAAUGUACUAUUUAAUGCAAAAAUUUUGCCGAAUCAUUGCCAAUAUUCUACAGAACAUAAAGCUUUAACAACUCUGUCAGAAGAUGAAUUGACCAUGAAGAACACUGUUGCCAAACUGGCACAAGAACAAAUUGCCCCAUUUGUACGUGAAAUGGAAAAAAAUGGAAGAUUUACAGAUAGUGUUAUUAAAACCUUAUUUGAAAAUGGGCUCUUGGGUAUUGAAAUUGACACAGAAUAUGGAGGAUCGGGUUGUAAUUUUAUGACUACCAUAUUAACUGUUGAAGAAAUAGCUAAAGUGGAUCCAGCUGUAGCAGUAUGGGUCGACAUCCAAAAUACUCUAGUCAACGCAGUCAUUAAGAAAUUAGGUACCAAAGAACAAAAAGAGAAAUACUUACCUCAACUUGCAACAAAUAUGGCCGCAAGUUUUGCAUUAACUGAAACUGGAUCUGGAUCUGAUGCUUUCGCUUUGAAAGCAACCGCCAAGAAAGACGGCACCGAUUACAUACUCAACGGCUCUAAAAUGUGGAUCUCAAACUCGGACAUCGCCGGUCUAUUUCUAAUAAUGGCUAACGCCAACCCAUCCGCCGGUUAUAAAGGUAUAACUUGUUUCUUAGUGGAUGGUGACAGUCCAGGACUUCAAGUUGCGAAACCCGAAAAGAAACUGGGAAUAUGCGCGUCCGGAACUUGUAUGGUGAAUUUGGACAACGUGCGUGUUCCGGAAUCGUCGAUUCUGGGUGAAUUGGGGCAAGGGUAUAAAAUUGCAGCAGGCUUUUUAAACGAGGGUCGAAUCGGAAUCGCCUCGCAAAUGCUUGGAUUGGCUCAAGGUUGCUUCGACGCCACCAUACCAUACACUUUGGAAAGGCAACAGUUUGGCAAACCCAUAUUUAACUUCCAAGCGAUGCAACAUCAAAUAUCAGAAAUUGCCACGCAAAUUGAAUGUGCCAGGUUGUUAACGUACAAUGCGGCAAGGCUAGUUGAGGAGGGCGUACCUUUUAUUAAACAGGCAGCAAUGGCUAAAUAUUACGCAGCUGAAGUGGCGCAACGGACUUGUAUAAAAUGCAUAGACUGGAUGGGUGGAGUUGGUUUCACCAAGGAUUUUAUUCAGGAAAAGUUUUAUAGGGAUUGCAAGAUUGGUAGCAUCUAUGAAGGAACUUACAAUAUGCAACUGAACACUAUCGCAAAGUUCAUACAGAAGGAAUAUGAAAAUUAAUUUUGUAAAAAUUAUUGACUCUAAUACCCAGAGGAAUGAUUUCCCUGAUAACUGAACAAAUAUAUUUUGUUACAAU